UUCAAAAAUAUUGCCUAUCACACAAUGCACGAGAAGUCGAACCCUAAACUCGAGCGCGACGCCGGAGCCAAGAGAGAUUACACUCAACCUUUGCUGAAUUUUCCAUCAUGAAAAAUCUGUAACAUCCACAGGUGAUGCUCAUCUAGGCAGUUCAAGUUACACAUUGGACAAGUCAACUUGAAAGAAAAUGUACCUUUACAAUCUGACUCUGCAGCGUGCCACUGGCAUCAUUCAGGCAGUCCAGGGCAACUUCAGUGGCACCAAGCAACAGGAGAUUGUCAUUGCUCGUGGUAAGGUUCUCGAAAUUGUGAAGCCGGACCCCAACACUGGGAAAGUACACACACUUCUCAGUCAAGAGGUUUUUGGAAUCAUCAGGUCAAUCAUCAGUUUCAGGCUUACUGGAGGAAAUAAGGAUUACCUUGUGGUUGGAUCAGACUCUGGGCGAAUUGUUAUUCUCGAAUACAACGCUGCUAAAAAUGUGUUUGAUAAGGUGCACCAAGAAACGUACGGCAAAAGCGGUUGUCGUCGUAUUGUUCCCGGACAGUACAUGGCAAUUGAUCCUAAAGGCAGGGCUGUCAUGAUCAGUGCAAUUGAGAAGCAAAAACUGGUCUACAUUCUGAACAGGGAUGCCCAAGCCCAUUUAACCAUUUCUUCUCCGCUGGAGGCUCACAAGUCAAACACUCUAGUUUACAACAUAGUGGGUGUUGACGUGGGGUUUGAAAACCCUGUUUUUGCCUGUUUGGAGAUGGAUUAUGAAGAGGCCGAUGGUGAUCCAACAGGCGAAGCGGCACAGAAGACGCAACAAACGCUUACGUUCUACGAACUCGAUCUGGGCUUAAACCACGUCGUAAGGAAAUAUAGUGAGCCGUUGGAUGAGCACGCCAAUUUCCUCAUCACUGUACCUGGAGGAAACGACGGACCUUCCGGAGUUCUGGUUUGCUCCGAGAACUACAUCACAUACAAGAAUUUGGGUGAACAGCAUGACAUUCGUUGCCCAAUCCCCAGAAGAAGGAAUGACUUGGAUGAUCCGGAGAGGGGUAUGAUUUUCGUCUGCUCGGCUUCCCACCGCACCAAGGCCAUGUUUUUCUUCCUUGUCCAGACGGAGCAGGGCGACAUUUUCAAGAUCACCAUGGAUAUGGAUGAAGAAGUGGUGAGAGAAUUGAAAAUCAAGUACUUCGAUACCGUUCCAGUUUCGUCCAGCAUGUGUGUGCUGAAGACAGGCUUUCUAUUCGUCGCAUCGGAAUUUGGAAAUCACUAUCUUUAUCAGAUUGCUCAUUUGGGGGAUGAUGACGAUGAACCCGAAUUCAGCUCUACUAUACCAUUGGAGGAAGGAGAUACAUUCUUCUUUGCUCCGAGACCUUUGAAGAAUCUUGUUCUCGUGGACGAGAUGGAGUCUCUAUCUCCAGUUCUGGCUUGCCAUAUUGCUGAUCUCGCCAAUGAGGAUACACCGCAGUUGUAUGCACUUUGUGGUAGAAGUUCUCGUUCGUCUCUUCGUGUUCUACGUCAUGGCUUGGAAGUAUCGGAGAUGGCUGUUUCUGAACUUCCCGGCAACCCCAAUGCAGUGUGGACUGUCAGAAAACGUGCCGACGACGAGUUUGAUGCUUACAUUGUUGUGUCAUUCGUGAAUGCCACACUUGUGUUGUCCAUCGGUGAAACUGUUGAAGAGGUGACAGACUCCGGGUUUUUGGGCACGACGCCUACUCUAGGUUGUUCCUCGCUGGGUGAUAAUGCAUUGCUCCAGGUUUAUCCCGAAGGAAUUCGACACAUAAGGGCAGAUAGAAGGAUCAACGAAUGGAAAUCCCCUGGUAAACGAGCUAUAUCUCGGUGUGCAGUUAAUCAGCGCCAGGUUGUCAUUUCUCUAGCUGGCGGGGAAUUGGUGUACUUCGAGAUGGAUCCGACCGGUCAAUUAAACGAAUAUACGGAGCGGAAGGAGAUGACUGCCGAAGUUGUAUGCAUGGCUUUGGCUAAUGUCCCGUCUGGCGAACAGAGAUCACGUUUCUUAGCUGUUGGCCUCGCAGAUAAUACUGUCAGAGUCAUCUCAUUAGAUCCCAAUGACUGUCUUACACCUUUGAGUAUGCAAGCGUUACCAGCCACUCCAGAAUCCUUGUGUAUUGUUGAAAUGGGUGGUCACGAUAAAGAUUCCGAAACAACUGGGACUUCAGGACAGCUUUUCCUCAACAUUGGUCUUCAGAAUGGUGUUUUAUUGAGAACGGUGUUGGAUCCUGUUACGGGGGAUUUGGCUGAUACGAGAACUCGGUACCUUGGUUCCAGACCAGUUAAACUUUUCCGCGUCAUGACACAAAAUCACGAAGCCGUGUUAGCCAUCUCUUCGCGUACCUGGCUGAGCUACUACUUUCAGAAUCGUUUCCAUCUCGCUCCUCUGUCUUAUGAUUCGUUGGAAUUUGCAUCUGGUUUCGCAUCCGAACAGUGUCCCGAAGGAGUCGUCGCCAUUGCUUCCAACACACUUCGUAUUUUGGCGUUGGAGAAGUUGGGUGCCGUCUUCAAUCAAGUCUCAUAUCCAUUGGAGUAUACACCUCGAAAAUUCGUCGUACACGAUUCCGGGCGCAUGAUAAUAAUUGAAACCGAUCACAAUGCUUAUACGCUAGAGACCAAGCUUGAGAGGAGACAGCAAAUAGCUCAAGAGAUGAGGGACGCUGCGACGGAAGAAGAACAGGAGUUGGCUCAUCAAAUGGCCGACGCUUUCCUCAAUGAAGAUUUACCUGAAAGUGAGUUUGGAGCUCCCAAGGCUGGUGCUGGUAUGUGGGCUUCGAUCGUCCGCAUCAUGGACCCUACUAGCGGCAAUUCUUUGCACACAAUUCGAUUGCCACAGAACGAGGCUGCCCUGAGUAUAGGUUUGGCAAGGUUUAUGAAUCAGGACCCAGAAGAUUAUUUCGUUCUUGUUGGAGUUGCAAAGGAUUUGAAGCUAAAUCCCAAACAAUGUGAUGGAGGGUUCAUCUAUACAUACAAAUUGAUAAAUGAGUGGUCAGCGCUUGAAUUUGUUCACAAAACUCCUGUCGAGGACACUCCCUACGCCAUCUGCGCCUACCAGGGUCGAGUUUUGAUUGGAGUUGGGCGAUUGUUGAGGUUAUAUGAUAUGGGAAAAAAGAAGUUGCUGCGAAAAUGUGAGAACAAGCAUUUACCAAGCUGUGUCGUCAACAUUCAAGCCCUCGGUCAGCGUGUGUAUGUGGCAGAUGUUCAGGAAAGUAUCCACUUCGUCCGCUACAAGCGUAUGGAGAAUCAACUGAUCAUCUUUGCCGACGAUACACACCCUCGCUAUGUCACCACCAUGUGUCUUUUGGAUUAUGACACUGUUGCGGUAGCUGAUAAAUUCGGCAACAUUUCAGUGUUGCGGCUCCCAUCUAGGACAUCCGAUGAUGUGGACGAAGAUCCCACUGGAAACAAAUCAUUCUGGGAUCGUGGUGUUCUUAAUGGGGCAUCUAAUAAGGCCGAAGUAUUAUGCAACAUUCAUAUUGGCGAGACUGCAUUGUCGCUGCAAAGAGCGACCCUUAUUCCAGGCGGUUCUGAAUCCCUUGUCUACACAACUUUGUCCGGAUCUAUUGGUGUGUUGGUUCCGUUCACGUCAAGGGAAGAUCACGAUUUUUUCCAAGCCCUCGAAAUGCACCUCAGGUCUGAACAUCCUCCUCUAUGCGGACGAGACCAUUUGGCGUUCAGGUCUUUCUACUUCCCAGUCAAGAACGUGAUCGACGGAGAUCUAUGCGAGCAGUUUAACUCAAUUGAUUCGAGUAAGCAGAAGGCAGUAGCCGACGAUCUCGACCGUGCUCCAAAUGAAGUGUCUAAAAAAUUAGAGGACAUUCGUACUCGAUAUGCUUUUUAAAAACUUGUAAUGUAACAAAUGUCGACGUAAUACAACGGUUCGUAUGA